GACCAAUGUUAGAAUAGACGGAAUACUCUAGAUGUGCUGUUCAUCUGAAGGACUAAAAGGAGGUGCUGAAUCUAGCACGGUUUUCACAGGCCAAACUGCUCCCUACGGCGUCCGGCACUAUUGACUGACCGUUCAUAAACUCCUGUAGAGCAGGGAGCCAAAAUGGCGAAACUUAAUGAGGAGCUCUGGAAAACUCUUCAGGACUUAAAAGAAGACGAGUUUGAGCAUUUCAAGUGGUUCUUGAAGCAGAAUGACAUCCUGGAAGGCUUUUCAGGCAUCCCAGUGGCUCAGCUGGAGAAAGCGAAAAGACAGGACACGGUGGAUCUAAUGGUUCAGAAAUAUCAGGGUCCUGGAGCUCUGGAGAGAACCAUGAAGGUUUUAGAAAAGAUCAGCAGGAAUGAUCUGGUGCAACGUCUCCAAAGUUUCAGUAUUGAUGUCGCCCAAACAGAAGAGAUUCAAGGAAAGAACCCCGAUCUAAAGUGGGUCAAACAAUUUGCAGAUGUGACUCUGGAUCCUGACACAGCUCAUCCGAACCUCAUCUCUCCCGUCUGUCCUGGUGGUCAAAAAGAAGAUCAUGAAAGAAAGAAGGCUGAGCUGAUGAGGAUCCAGCAGUUUGCAGUGGAGGUGACUCUGGAUCCUGAUACAGCUCAUCCCAACCUCAUCCUGUCUGGUGAUGGGAAACAAGUCCAUCACGGUGAUGUGAGGAAGACACUACCAGACAACCCUGAGAGAUUCUGCAGAUGUGUGAAUAUCUUAGGAAAGAAGGGUUUCACUUCAGGAAAAUCUUACUUUGAGGUUCAGGUUAAACAAAAGACUGCCUGGGCUUUGGGAGUGGCCAACGAGUCCAUCAAGAGAAGAGAAAAUAUCACAGCAAAGCCCAAGAAUGGCUACUGGACUAUAAUGUUGACAGGUAGAGAUGAGUACAGUGCUAAUAGUGAUGAUCCGGUCUCUCUCUCUCUGAAUAGCCCUCCUCAGAAGGUGGGAGUGUUUGUAGAUUAUCAGGAGGGUCUGGUCUCCUUUUACGAUGUAGAUGCUGCACAUCUUCUCUACUCCUUUACCGGCUGCUCCUUCACUGAGAAGCUCUACCCAUUCUUUACUCCUUUUACUAACGACCGUGGUAUAAACUCCGCCCCUCUGAUAAUCUCUCCCGUCAAUCGCCCGCUGAACUUUAAGAAGAAUGCCUUUGGUUACCAGACACAAUAUGAAAGAAAGAAGGCUGAGCUGAUGAGGAUCCAGCAGUUUGCAGUGGAGGUGACUCUGGAUCCUGAAACAGCUCAUCCCAACCUCAUCCUGUCUGGUGAUGGGAAACAAGUCCAUCACGGUGAUGUGAGGAAGACACUACCAGACAACCCUGAGAGAUUCUUCAGAUGUGUGAAUAUCUUAGGAAAGCAGGGUUUCACUUCAGGAAAAUCUUACUUUGAGGUUCAGGUUAAACAAAAGACUAGCUGGACUGUAGGAGUGGCCAACGAGUCCAUCAGCAGAGGGACAAACAUCAAACUGAGUCCUGAAGAUGGCUAUUGGACGAUGUGGUUGAGGAAUGAAGACGAGUAUGUAGCUAAUGAUGACCGACCAGUGCAUCUCUCUCUGAGUCACCAUCCUGAGAAGGUUGGGGUGUUUGUGGAUUACGAUAAGGGUCUGGUCUCCUUUUACGAUGUAGAUGCUGCAGAUCUUCUCUACUCCUUUACCGGCUGCUCCUUCACUGAAAAAAUCUACCCAUUCUUCAGUCCCAGUACUAACAACGGUGGUAUAAACUCCGCCCCCUUGAUCCUUUGUCCUGUCAAUCAAAGCGAUUAAUCACU